GUAGUUUGCGUCGCUUGCAUUGUGCAGUAGUUACUUUAAAAAAGGUCUCUCUUUUUUCUUCUCUGUACUUGUUCGAUGUACAUUGGUCCCUAAAAAGAGGUGAAUAUCGCGGUGACCCCUCAAUUUCCCGGUAUGUGCGAAAUCACGAUUUAGGUAGACCCCUAUUGAUAGGAAAUAGUAUAACGGCCCUUGCAUGUGGAGGCCAGCCGACUUGAAUUAGGUGAACCCAGUGUGGCGUUCCCUGUAUAUUAUUAGUUCAUCGGGUUGCCUGUUUUCGUUUUUAAGCAACUGGACCUAACCUUGUCGUGCUCUUGCUUUUUUCCAUAAUUGUCUCCCAUUUAACAUAACAAUUCAUUCUGACUAAUCCUUUCUAAACAAGACAGAUGCACAAUGGCUGUUUUGUUACUUGGACACAGGAGAUUUAGUCUGCUUCGUUGUUUGUUUUUAAAUAAUUGAUCCUAAUUAAGGUUAUUUUUCCACUGUCUGCGGACUGACAUGCGGAAAGAUUGGAAACCCUAGCACUGGAUCCUUGGUAAACCUGACAUUUGAUCAAUUAAUCGGACCACUUGGGGAUUUCUGUUUCACUUUGAAUACAUGUUUCAUUAGAAGGAACCUGUAAACCUCAAUGCUUGAACUGAAGCAGAGUUGCCAGUAUCUUGAUUUCAAGGCUGAAGUGCCUGGGGCAGAAGUUCUCAAAGUGUAGGUCGAGACACAGACCUGCGUGAGCGGUAUCUAUCUAGCUAUCUAAUCAAUAAAAUACCACUUGUUUGAGACUUCACCCUUGUAUUGUACGUUUUAUACACUAACUAAACUAUUAAAAUCUAUGUCCAGCGUAGUGGUUUCCACGCAUUUGCUAGUUUACGUAAUGCUGCAUGUGUGUUUUAAUCCAGAACACUGAGUAUUUUGUUCUAAAUUCGUAACAAAGCAUCCAUUGCAUAAACAAAACAUCAGUUCUUACCUUGAAUGUUUUUAAGGACAAUCAGAUUAAGAUGUGUAGAUAAAAACCCCGUAAAAUCUUAUUUUUUUUUCAGAGUAAUUCUUUAUUGGUUUACUACGUGUCAGCACAGCACUUCCCUGAACAAUACAACCCAAAGAAUGCACGAUGAAGCUGUCAAACACGUUUGAACUGAUUACAUUCAACAGUGUAAAGAAAUAGUCCAAAAGAUACGACUCCAGAAUUUCCCACACUUUUAUGGGAUACAGGGUUUCCUUGCUUUUCCCAGAAUCCACGAGGCAGGAGACCUGAAUAAAAUAAUUUUAUUUGGAAACCAAUAAAAACAGGAGCCAAUGUAUUUACAUAUGAUGGUGCACGUACUUUCAAAACACUCAUAGCCACUGUUCAGGUAAAAUAACAGUCAUACCAAUUCUAAAACAGCAGAGUGCAUUCAAAUAUCGCUUAAAGGGUAUACCCCCAGGUUCCUUCCUGUAAGAAAAGUUUCAUUAAAGACACUAACAGAUUCACCGCUGUGCAAAAUCAUACAUGUAAAAUUGGACAAUAGAGAACACAUAUAAGACAACUCCCAGGCAGAGAAUUUACGAUAAAAACACAACACAUGGAAACGUCAGCAUGCAGAUAUUUAAAAUCAACUUUGGUAUAGUACCAAUCAUCUAAUUUUUGACCGUGUCGUAAUUACGCCGACAAGAUUAGACAGACCUCCGAAACACUGAAUGCGCAGUAGCGUUGCACACAAUCGCCGCGUCAGAUGCAGGGCUGCAGGACUCCUAGAGUUCCCUUGUGCUGAACUGUGAUUCUCUCUGCUCCCUGUGGGAGAGACGGCGUGAGCUCAUGUGGGCGUCUCAUGUACCUGAAACAAAGGGAGAAGAGAAACACAAUAUGGGACAGCUGUCAUUCAUUUGGAUUGCCAUUACCAAUUUAGAAACGGCGGGAGAGGAACGCAUCUUGAUCUAACAGACCAAGCGUGCAAUUAAACUCCUCAGCGAUAACUAAGGGUUUCUGUUAAUCCACAUUCUGCCAGUUGCAUCUAAAAUGACUCUAUCUCAUAAAUGACACAAACUGUAAUAAAUUGCUGUGUUACUUUGUAACUGCAAUGGAUUCCUGGUUCAAACCAAGGAUGAUCCUGAUUGCUCAUAUCGUACUCCUUAGCGCUGCCCUAGUGGGCGCCUCCAAAAUCUGCCCCAACCUAUGCCUCUGCUAUGACUAUUCUGACUUGGUGGAUUGCCGGGGGCACGACUUCACCCAGGUGCCCAGAAACUUGCCCCCUGGCACCUGGCUCCUGGAUUUGGCCGGCAACAACCUUUCAAAGCUGCAGAGCCUCUCAUUUGUAGGCCUGUGGUCUCUGAGAAUCCUGGUGCUGUCCGAUAGCCAAAUCCGAGUGAUGGAGCCCCAUGCCUUCUCCUCGCUUAGCUUCCUGGAAAAGCUGGACCUGAGCCGAAACAGCCUUCAACGCCUUUCCUCUGGUUUUUCCGAAAGCCUGUCUUCUCUCCGGGAGCUACGUCUGGGCGACAACAAUCUAGAGAGCCUGGGCUUCCAGAGCCUGGAAAAGCUGGAGAACUUGGAGAAGCUGGAUCUGAGCAACAAUCGCAUCCGUGCUGUGGAGCCUGGGACUUUCAGGACCUUGACCCGCCUGCGCUAUCUCAACCUCCAAGGGAACCAGCUGGAAAUCCUCCGGGACAGGACUCUAGCCAUGCUCCAAAGCCUGGAGGUCCUCCUUCUUGGCCAGAACAACAUCUCCACCAUUGAGACAGAUGCCUUCACCUCUCUGCACAGCCUCUCCUUGCUGGGUUUGGAGGAAAACCAGCUGAUCCAUCUCAAGUUCAAGACCUACCUGAGCCUACACACCCCAGGCACCCACCUCCAGCUGGCUGGCAACCCAUGGGUUUGCAACUGUGACCUCCACAGAGUCUUCAGCAAGAUCUCGAGUGUCCGUCACCUCCACGUGGACGACUAUAUGAACAUCACCUGCGCCUGGCCCUCGCAGCUGGCUGGACAUCCACUGGCCUGGGUGGACACUCAGCUUUGUGUGGCUGAGACUGUCACUGUACUGGUCAUUACCGGCACUGUGCUGGUGACCGUGAUCGGUGCCAUCGUCAUGGCUGAAAAGAACCGCAAGAAAAACCACAGCUGGAACGAGGAGGAGGGAUCUGGUGAACCGCAAGAGAAAUAAUGGAUUCCGAAACCAAGAAUGAGUAUGCACUGUAUACUGAUAGAAGCAAUGGAUACCAUAAGUGUAUGUAAUAUUUUGUGUAUGUGGUGCAUCUGCGUCUGAAAUCCUCCACUUCCGAUACUGCAACACUUUAUUUCUCUGUAAACCUGAUGCACUGGGAGGGAGAUGUACAUGACAUUGAAUUGAUGUUGCUGCUUUCCUCUGGACAGAGCUGCAUUUAAAAAGAUGUUAAUGAAACACCAUCCACCUCAUGGUAUCAGACUCUUGAUGUUCUUCACUUAAAGACAAGGCAACAUUUAUUCAGGGUGCCACUUUAGUAUGAUGAUGGAGCUGUCUGUCUUUAAUAGCCUGGCAUACAAUACCCUAAAGACAUUUAAUCUGCUGGAGGACUCUGUUUAAAAUCAAACGGCUGUGGUCAUCACCCAAGCCACUGACUGGCAGGUACUCUUGAUGCUCUAGAAGGAAUUGGGUAUUAUAUGCCUUGCAUAUAGCAGCCAUGCCCUCCUGAACACAGCAGAUGGACCUAUCAUGACCUGGCAUGAUAAUAAAGCAUUCCAAUGGACUUUCAAGAUUACCAUGAAUUCCUGUUUUACUAUUUAAAAAAAAAUCACUGCUACACCAUUCUAUACAGUAGGACUCCCAAUUUAUUACCAUUGUGCUCUAACUGUACUAAGAUAUACUAUGGUUUAUAUACAAGACUUUACGAUUACUUGAAAUUAAGUUGGUAUUUAUUUUAGUGUGGCAAUACACCAGCAUCAUUUGAUACCAGUUUGUGUCUUUGUUGCUGCUUGUUCAAUAAAUC